AUGGAUUUUAAAAAUAGUAAAGUUGGAAACAAAACUUUGCCAACGAAUCAUCAUGAAGCAAUACUGAAACUCUACGCACUGUGGCUAAAUCUUGAAAGCGGACAUGCCCGUAACCGUAGUACAUUUCAGCUUUUUGGGAAAGCGGCAGAAAGUGGUGCAUUCGAAAAAAGCAGCGACAAAAUAACGCGAAGCCUUGGGAAACUGAUCAAAGACGGUGAAACACCAGAAUUUGUUGGGAAAGCAGUUGUUGCUCUGGCAACAGAUCCGUACGUGAUGAAAAAAACUGGCAGAACAUUAAUAGCAGCUGAUCUGGGGAUCGAUUAUAAGUUUCGGGAUAUUGACGGACGUCAGCCGGACAGUUUGCGUGGAUUUAAAAUGCUCCUUGGUCAAGUGGGCCUGGCUAACAUCGGCGCUUAUUUCCCAGCAUGGUUGCGUGUUCCUGGCUGGCUGAUGACAGCUAUCAAAAGCCGUCUGUAA